GACCAAGAGCCACCUGACGACACCUGUGACAUCAAGAUCAAGUAAACAGAGGCACGGGUGAGAGAGAAGAGGAAAAAUAAAGAAGUGAGGAAAGCUAUAUAUUGUAACGCCAUGGAGGAGCGAAGUGCGUGAACGAGCAGAAGAGAGGACCAAGAGGAGGAGGAGGACCCAUAAAGCGAUACAGAAGCAAGAAAAUAUACUCCCCCCAAGUUUAACUGGAGGGCAAUAAAAGAUUAGCCUGAAAUAAAAGUUCCUUGUAUCACUGGGCCAUCAUGACUGUUAAGCAGAGAAAUAAUCGAAAGACUCCUGGAAACACCAAACCUCCGACCAAAACGGAUCCUAAGAAUGGAUCAGAAAAGGUGAAUGUGCGAUCAGGGAUCCGAAUUGACUGGCGCCGAAUCUUUACUCGUCUGGUGAUGAUUUCUGCAAUCAUGGUGGCUGUUUACUUCAGCAAAGCAAAUAAGAUGGUCUUGUUUGCAAAACAAGAUGAGGAAAUCACGAAGAAGUCUGUUGAAAUUAGCUGUUCUGAAGACUAUGCUGAAGAACUGAAACAUUUUCAGGGAUGCACUCCCAGAAAGUGUGGUAGAAUGGUGUCUGAUAUACUGGUAAAACCGUCCGAAGUAGCAGCUCUCCGUAACAUUGCUGAGCGAGGCCUUGCUCUUGGAGGCUCCUCAGGUGGGGCCUCCAUCCUAGACUUACACUCGGGAGCUUUAUCAAAAGGCAAUGCAUUUGUUAACAUUUACAAGCUUGAGUUAUCAAAAACUGUUUUCACAAGUGAAGAUUUCAAGAUAUAUAGCCAUGUAAAAACAAAAAUCCACCAUGCCAUAGCAGACCACUUUGGAAUAGACAGAGGACAGCUGUACCUCACUCACCCUACAUUUUUCUCAAGAAUCACGCCAGCUCCUGCACAAACUAUACACGAUGAGUACUGGCACCCCCAUGUUGAUAAGGAAACAUAUGAGUCAUUCCACUACACAUCACUGCUGUACUUGGCUAAUUAUGGUCAAGAUUUUGAAGGAGGACGAUUUGUAUUCAUUGACAGAGACUCCAACAAAACAGUGGAGCCCCGGCAAGGUCGGGUGUCUGCCUUCACCUCUGGCUCAGAGAACCUGCAUUUUGUAGAACAAGUUACAAGCGGGACCAGGUAUGCUAUAACAGUCUCCUUCACUUGUGAUCCAAAGCAUGCUAUUGAAGAUCCUAAAUUGCAAAGAUAAUACAAUGCCAGUCACUGGAAAUAGUUAUAUCUUUUAGUUUUGGGUUAGAAAGUUUGGUUUUGUACUUUGUUUGGUAAGGGUCACAACACAGUGGGUGUUUUAUGUGUUCUAUCAUAAUGAAAACAUGUAUCUCACUAACUCAUCACCUAUACAUUCCUUGACAGUUCCUCAAAUCUAAAGGUUUCUUUAACUAUUAGUUACUUUAUAUUGUACUGAUGUUUAUAUUGAUUCAAGUAAUAUGUUAAGUGUUAUGUAUGUUAUAUUGUGGCAUUGGUUUAUUGUCCUGCCUUAGAACAUUUCAAUAUUGUAUCCUAUUCCUACUGGAAACAUCCUUCUAUCGCUCAUUGCCUACUUUAAUCUUCAUUUAUUAAUAUACUAGAAAUCAUCUGCAUUCCCCAUCAUCACUGCUAGUGCUACUGAGGUAGAGUCAGCUAUCUGGGUGCUACAUUAUGGGGUGGUUCUCUCCCUCACCAUAUCAGCUUGGCAUAUGUCAUACUGUUUUCCCUACACCCUCAUGGUACCCUGCCUUACCAUUGUGUCGUAAGACCUUUGAUGUCUGGCACAUUUCAAAUCUCUACUAAUUGACUCACUCACAAAAGAUUUAAGAGAACCAGAAUUGGGAAUAGAGGAGGCACAGAAAGAAAAGAGGCAGAAGAACCAGAGUUGGGAAGCAGGGAAACAACAGGAACUUAUGAGAAAAAAGAAAGAUGAGGGGAUAGACAAGAUAUGAGGGAGUCAGUGGUGCCAGGAGGUAAGGGGUGGUCGAGAAGAGAUUUUGUAGCAGAUAAAGCAGUGGAGGGAAGAGAAGGGGAAGGAGUGGAGAGGAAUGAAAGGAGGGGAAGGGGGAGUAAGUUGAGAAUUGGGGAAGGAGAUAGUGGAGUAGGAGGAUGAUCAGGAGGGGGUGGUGAGCCUAAGGGUGGGUAGUUGGUGAUCUCCAAGAGGCUCAGGAUGUUCCAGGAGCCGACAUGUAGAACCCUCUGAAGGUUUAUCCCAGGCUUGGUUCUGCGGGCGGGAGCCAUUUCUGCACCUUCCUGGCCACUCCCAAAACAAAGAGAGGGCUUAGAGUGCCCUUCCUCCUUUGAAAUGCAAGUGUCCCCUGUCAUUGACGGCAGGCUCACUUGGCCCCCAGUAAAACCAGACUAGGGUCAAGGCUCACACCGCGGCCCUGACCUCUUCUGCUUGAUUUGUUUUUGGCAGGGUACGGUAUGAUGACAAGAAGUUUGGACAUGGUGGGGGAUAGGAUCACAUAGGUCGCUUCCCUAACAGUCCUAAAUAUUUACUGACCUGAGACAAAAUAAUGUAAGAUACACUUUGUUGUUUUUAGAAAACAUGUGCUGUUAUUUUUAUCCUAGGAUUGCUUUAUAAGUAUGAGCCGUUGUAUCUAUAUCCUGUAUAAAUAUCAAAUCUUCAGUAGCUUGAAAAUUCAAGGCAAUACAAAUUUACAAUAUAAACUAUCUUUUUUAUUAUACACAAGAGUAGUCUUGUGUUUUAAAUAAAUUAUAAAAUAUCUCAUAAAAAACUUACAUAAAAAAUGGAAUAAUAACAAUAUAAGGAUUCAAUACAUUAUAAAUGGAUAUAAGAAAGGCACAUAUUAUGGCAAUAGCGUCAGUAUAACCACACUCAUCAUUCUAGUGGGAGUGUCCUUUGGAGAAUAGUUUGCCAAUAUUUAAUUUUUUCAGUUUUGUAAUGGUAAAAAUAUUAUACCUGUGUGUGUGUGUGUUUGUUUAAAAAGAAAGACAUUUUUAUUAAACUUAUAAAAAAAAAAAAUGGUGGUGACAAAUUAGAUUACUUGAAAAGUCUGUAACAAGCUGUACAGACUGUUCAGGUCAAUGAGGUGGUCACUGGCCCCACCCUGUGCCUUCCCCGGCCCCUUGAGGUACAGCACCAGCUCUGCCACACUGCAGGGCUCCAUAAGGCACCCCAAUUAACAUACAUGUGUUGGCACUCUUAAAAAUUGAGCACAGUGACAUAGUCAUAUAUAUCUGGUUCAGCUGUUUGUAGGCUGCAAAUUGUAUUUCAGCAAUGUAUUAUUAUUAUAAUUCUAUGCCACUUCCAUGGCAAAUAGCUAGAGUUCUGAGUAAUAACAGCAGCUACUGUAACAUCUCUGUAUUCUUAGAAAUAUCAGCAUUUAAAAACCUUUAUAUGCUUAUUUCAGCUUGUCACUCAGACUUAGUGGAAGUUAUACAUGAAAUUAAUUACUGUUUUGACCAUAUCAGGAUCUACAAAUAUAAGGAUACUGCAAUCACCCAUACAGCCUCAUGAAAAUUCCAUCCAUGUCCGACACGAGGCAGCCAUCAGCUGUUUGAAUAGCGCUCACCUGAGAGGGAGGCUCAGAAUGGAGCUUCUUCAGGGCUUGGUAAGCAGGCUGGAGGUCAUUUGCAUUUAAAUGGCCCUAGACUUCCUCAGCGAGACCCCUGACAUACCUCUCCUUGUCUCUCCUCAGGAGAACUCUAGUCCUACAUGACAGGACCCUAUAUUGGUUCUGAUUCCCAGCAAGCCUGGUAGCGCGACUUCUCAAUAUUCUCCAGUGUCUCCGCCAAGGCAAAACCACUCCUAGAUCUCAGGCGCUCUUCAAUUCACUCCUUGGCAGUUCAAAGUCUCACGUUUGAAGGUAUCCCACAGUUCUACAGGGUCCUCAAGGGUGCUGAGCACACUGAACUGCUUUGAGACUGUUACUGCAUACUCCUGAGCACAUGCCAGGUGUUUCAGCCUCUCGAGAUGGAACACAGUAUUGUUGCAUCUCGAGAUUCUUCUUGACCUGACAUGAAGCUUGAGUGUUGCAACAACAAGCCUAUGGUCAGUUGCAAAGAACUCAGAACUCUGGUAAACCCUGCAGUUUUGAAGGACCCUCCAAUGAGUACUUAUGAGGAUGUGGUCAAUCUCCUUAGCUACCCCUUUGGCAUCACUAUGCCAAGACCAGCAGUGUAGCUCAGGCCUCUGGUACCAAGACCCUGCAAUUCUCAACCUACUGGAUCUUGGAAAAUUCAGGAGGAGAGAGCUGUUGAUAUUCUUGGCACCAAAACCAUGGGGACCAACUAAUAGCUCGUAGGCAAUCCUGUCAGUGCCAGCAGUAGCAUUGAAGUCACCCAAGACAAUGAGUGUCCCGGGCAGUGCAACACUGCAACAAGACAUACAGUCCAGUGUGUGCUUCAGCCUCACUUGCAUCAUACGCUCAUCUGGUUAUGACGGUGUUAAAACUGAAAACAACGGACACUGACUAUCAUUGCCUGACAUUUCUUUCUCUUCUAAAGAUGGCUCACUUUAUUAUAUUGUUUGAAGCCGAUAUUUUCUGAACAUAACACAUUUUUGUCAUAUGACUAAACAUUACAGGUGUUAAAGGCACCUAAUACAUAUUAUACAGUGAGUUCACACUUCUCACAAUUUAUAGGGUCAAUGAAAAUAUUAUACGUGAGGUAAAAUAGUGAUAAAUAUGCCAUUGAAGCAAUGGAGAACUAGGUAUUGGGGUCUGGGGUGCAUUUAAUGCUGUCAUUGAGUCAUAAUAUCAGUUAAUUUUAUGUACAAGUACCUAACCUAAGCUUUGGAGUUUGUUUAAUCAAUCUAUGGGUACUGCUUUGACCUCACAUACCACACACACCCAUCCCCCUUGCUCAAGGGGAGGACAGUAACUGCUUUGUGUCACUGGAAUAAUCUUUUGGCCUGGGCAAGGCUCAAACUCCAACUUCACCCUACCAGGAAUCACCCUGUGAAGGCAGAGCCUUAGUCAACUGCACCAUGGGAGCGAUGUUACAGUGUGGCACUAUUAUGAGUGCUCUGGGUGUGAGGAGAGCCUAGGUUAGAUCAAUCUGAGGCAGGAAGGGGUAUUUGGAGGCCCACAAGGGGCACCUGAGGAACAUGGCGAGGACAGAGUAGGGGAGAGGCCCCUGACUGUAGGCUCAAGAGUCACAUGUCUGACUAUACAUGGAUAAGGUACACUUGUUGGAUAGUCCAAUAAUUGCACCCCAUCCUUAGUCAUUUUGUGUGCCACCUUUGUAUAUGAAAUUGCAAUUAUUGUACCCUGCAAAUAUUAUGCCCUAGCCCAUGAGCAGAAUAACCAGGCACACUUUGGGAACUAUUGUGAGUAGUGUAAUCACAAGAACUGUAUUUUUGAAGUGUGAACUCAUUGUAUAAACAUUUUACUGAUAAUGAUGUAUGCAUAUUUCUAUUAAUAGUUUCAGUAACAAUAUAUAAAUAUACAAAAGUAUGUUUUACAGUGCACAACUAAAUUCAAAGAAUGGACGACAAUGACAAAUUUCAUAUGACAUAUUUCAUAUAUGUAUGUAUGUAUAUAUAUAUAUAUAUAUAUAUAUAUAUAUAUAUAUAUAUAUAUAUAUAUAUAUAUAUAUAUAUAUAUAUAUAUAUAUAUAUGCCAAGUGUUCAACAAAUAUGUAAAUCCUGUAAUAUUUUUUCAAAGUAACUGAACAUGUACAGUGGUGGAUAUGACAAAAUGUGAAAGACAUUUAACAAAAUGCUGUUCCCAAAUGUGGAAUACAUUGCAGUCAUACCUAGUGCAGAAUAUUGUUAGAAGAAAAAAUAACAUGAAAUCCCAUUUACUGUGGAAAUGAAAAACAUGUAAACAUCCUAGAGGUCAGUAAUUAUGACAGAAAAAGAGUAAUCUUCAUGAAAAUAUGCACCACUUUUUUUUUCAAUUUUGGACCUCCAACAAACCACAAUGGGCUGGGAUUUAUAUGGCAGUUGUUGCUUGGUCAAGGGAUGGGUGGAAGAAAAGCCAGAAAAUUAAAGCCCACACAUCAUGGUGGAAAUGCAUCCAAGACAUUAAUGAUAACUUAAAAAAUUUUGGUGCUCAAAAUGGUUAUUGGAAGCCUUUCUGUUGCUGAAUCUAAAAUUGUAUUGGAGUUUUCAUUAAACACAUUACCAUGACCUUUGGCAUAGAAAAUAAUGGUUAUUGCUUUACCAUAACUUCCAGCCAUAUAAAACAAGUGUGUUGAUACAAUUGUUCAUAAAUAUAAAAAACUUAGUGUUGUUUUCCUCUGGAACAAUUUUUUUAAAUACAAGACAAUGUUGUAAGACUACUGUAUUCACAUUAACAAAAAGUUACUGCAGAAAUACUGAGUAUAUGGUUUACUUACAGAUUAUCAUGUAUACAUUUCACAAAAAAAAAUUUAAUUUGAUUGAUUUAGUGACAAUGCCAGUUAAUAAAGAAGAGGUGAUUCCAUGAAUGUUUAUCUUGUGUCAUGUUAUUCAUGUGGGAUUGCUGCACUGACCGAUUGAAUUGUGAAUGAAGCUUUUCAAAAGAAUUUUGAUAUAUUAAACAAACUGAAAAACUA